AGCAAGUUUCCCGCACGGUCCCCGGGCAGCCGGAGCGCUCGGAGCUUUGGGGACCGUGCGGGAGGAACGCGAGGUGGAGCUCGCUUCGGGGGAGGGGGAGAUGGAGCCGGGGCGUGGGUAAGCCGCUCCCUUCUCCUUCCUCCUCCUCCUCCUCCUCCUCCUCCUUCCCCCUCGGCUGCUCCCGUCUGGCAGCCAGGCGGCCGCUGCCUCCGGCCGGAGCCGCCGCACUUGGGAAGCGGCCCCCGCGCUGCCGCCGGGAUGGGGACGCCGCUGGCGGCUCCCGGAUUCCUGCUCCUCCUGGCCGGCACCACGGGGCUCUGCCGGGCUCUCUUCUCGCUGCCGCUCCGCGUGUCCCGUCCCGCCGCCCCCGGCGGGUCCCCGCCCGCCCCGGUGGUGCUGCGGCCGGGGGGCAGCGCCCCGCAGCAGGACCCCGCCGGGGGCGCGGACGGCUUGGCCCUGGCCUCGGAUCCCGGGGGCACCCUCAACUUUUUGGCCAUGGUGGAGAACCUCCAGGGCGACUCCGGCCGCGGCUACUACCUGGAGAUGCUGAUCGGGACCCCGCCGCAGGCGUUAAAUAUUCUGGUUGACACUGGGAGCAGUAAUUUUGCAGUGGCAGGUGUGCCUGAUCCUGAUGUCACCUCCUACUUCGAUGCUGAGCUGUCAAGCACGUACAGAUCUGAAGGGAUUGAAGUCACAGUUAAGUACAGUCAAGGAAGCUGGACUGGAGUGCUGGGUACAGAUGUCAUUACUAUGCCCAAAGGAAUCUAUGGCAGCUACACCAUCAACAUUGCCACCAUCCUGGAGUCAGAGAACUUCUUCUUACCCGGGGUUAAAUGGCACGGGAUUCUUGGCCUUGCCUACGACGCCUUAGCCAAGCCUUCAAGUUCUGUGGAGACGUUCUUUGAUUCUCUUGUGAGGCAGGCAAAGAUCCCCAACAUCUUCUCCUUGCAGAUGUGUGGUGCUGGACUCCCUGUUUCUGGAAGUGGUACCAACGGAGGUAGUCUUGUCCUGGGUGGAAUUGAACCAAGUCUGUACACGGGGGAUAUUUGGUACACACCCAUCAAAGAGGAGUGGUAUUACCAGGUGGAAAUUCUCAAACUGGAGGUUGGGGGUCAGAACCUCCAACUGGACUGCAGAGAGUACAAUGCUGAUAAAGCAAUAGUGGACAGUGGAACCACACUCCUUCGUCUGCCAGAGAAAGUCUUCAGUGCUGUGGUGCAGGCAAUAGCUCGAACGUCCCUGAUACAGGAAUUCUCUUCUGGUUUCUGGACUGGUUCCCAACUUGCAUGCUGGGAUAAAACUGAAAGACCCUGGUCCUUAUUUCCCAAACUCUCCAUUUACCUGAGGGAUGAAAACUCCAGUAGGUCGUUUCGGAUCUCUAUCCUACCACAGCUCUAUAUCCAACCCAUCCUCGGAAUAGGGGAGAAUUUGCAGUGCUACCGGUUUGGCAUCUCUUCCUCCACAAACGCUCUGGUUAUUGGUGCUACAGUCAUGGAAGGCUUCUAUGUAAUAUUUGACAGAGCCCAGAGGAGAGUGGGCUUUGCAGUGAGUCCGUGUGCAGAAGCUGAUGGCUCUCCAGUCUCUGAGAUUGAAGGCCCUUUCACAACAGCAGAUGUUGCGAGCAACUGUGUUUCCAGCGUUUCUUUCCACGAGCCCGUGUUGUGGAUUGCCUCCUAUGCUCUCAUGAGCCUGUGUGGAGUGAUCCUCCUGGUGCUGAUCAUCCUGCUGCUCAUCCCACCCCGGUGCCAGCACCGCUACACGGACAAUGACGUGGUCAAUGACGAAUCCUCCUUAGUGCGUCACCGGUGGAAGUGAGAAACUUGAUCCUGAAAAACCUGGGACUCCCAACAGAACAAAGAACAGGGAACUUUGCCAAGGGGAAGAAGCCAAUGCCUCGGUCCUUUCUACGCCCAUUGCAAAUUGCUGUUGAAAUCCCACCAAAUAUCCUGCAUCAUAACUUUUAUAGCUUUAUUUUCUAACACUGAUUCUGAACCAAAGCACUGUUAAACACCUCUGAAGUGCUACGGUACUGGAUUUGCUACUGCAGUGCAACAAGCCUUUAUGCUCUCAACAGUACCUUCUUUAAAAA